AAUUAGAACUAUAUCAAAGCAAAGCGACACAAGUCAACAAGAUAUGGUGGUGCACUCACUGAUCAAUCUCUGGCUCUGGACGCUAUAUCUGCUGACAUUGCCUGGUGUUGUCCCUGAAUCACCAACUUUCGCGAGACUUUGCGACAAACCUGCGCAAGCUGGAGCAGGGAAGCUUCUGAGUCCAACCAAGUGUGAAGUUGUAUACCCUCGAGAGACGGAAAACAAGGCCGCUGCGGAAGAAUUUUGUACGGGAGCUGCACCAUAUGCAGUAUCAAGCAGUAAGUCAGGCUCAGAAACAACAUGUGUAUUUGAAAAAGGUUACAAUUGCGAUGACCACGAGGAAGAACUUUUUGAUCACUGUUUCAUUGUAGUUGAAAAGCAGGGGAAAAAUUUCGUUCCUGAUGCAUGUCCGGAAGGGUACUCAUUGCAUGUGCUUGAGAGCAAAGAAGAGUUUAAAUACAUCACAACGUUUUUUGGUCAAUAUUCGAAAGUGUAUGUCGGCAAUUCUGGCGAAAAUGCAGCUUGGUUGCAUCCAACAUUAUUGGAACGUAAGAAAAGAAGAGAAGCAGUUAAAGACGAAGGAAGACCAAUCUAUGUUCGACUAAGAGGUACAUACAGAGGUAAAGCAUUUUAUGGACCAUCAAAGAACACACCUUAUUUGUGUUCCAGAACGGCUGUACUCUAUGAAGAAACUUAUGCGGAAUUAGACGACAUUAUGCAAAAGCUUGGAUUCACCACUGUAGUAGUCAAGAACAAACAAGGAAAUAAACGAACAUUUGUGAAUUUUGGUACAGUACAUGCCGUCGAAUCAGGAGAGUUCAAGCCCGAUUUUGCGAAACUUCAUGAUCCGUGCAGUAUAUUGCCUGACGGAUAUACUGCUUCGCAGGAGGACUUUGAAAGCGCUGAGGAGUACCAGAAAGUGCUUGCAAAGCUUGGACCCAUGUGGAUGAGAUCUACUGUUGGACGGUCAGAGUUAUUUAUGUUGAAGCCAGACCAGAGCUGCAAAAGGGACAAGCUUUUCUCAAGAAAUAGAAAGCAGUGGAGCUACGUCGAUUCUACAAAGAAAGCCUAUGAUGUGAAAGACGGCAUGUGGUGCCAAGCUUAUCCCGAUAAUAUGUGUGCGGACACAUCACGAAUUACAACUUUGAUGAGCGAUUGUGGAUAUGUUGACGCGCCAUCUAUCGCUCGUCGUCCCAUCAUAUGUGGAACAGGAGGCGGUGCUUCGACUGCCGAAACAAGACGAGGAAGUCUCCGAAAGGAAGAAUCAUGCAACAGAGGAGCUUCAUUCAAUAAGGCCAAAGGCCAUUGUGAAUGCGAUAAUCCUUCGGCUGAUGGGAGAGUUGCAUUUCCAGAAAAAUAUGGAAAUUAUCCUCCCGGAGUCAUAUGCCUUGAUUGUGAGAAGAGUACGGAGAAAAGGUCUAUUGUGUUUUUACUGGAUAGCACCGGUAGCGUUGAACAGAAAGGCUGGGAUAAGCAAAUCCAAUUCAUGCACAAUCUUGUGAAACACGUGAGGAAUAUCAGAACUGGAAUAGUCAAGAUUAUUCAAAUGCCGAUUGUUGCGCUAGAAAUGGGCGACCACACUCCAGCACAGCUGAGCGAAUGGAUUCAGAAGAACAGGAAUUAUCAAGAAUCAUUCACACUUGUCGGAUACUCAAUAUAUCUAGCAAGGCAAAUGCUGGAAAAAGAGAAGACAAAGCACAGAAUGAUGAUACUUUUCUCUGAUGGAGACCAAGAUAUAUGUGAUGACGAUGACACUUUCUGGCAGAACGAAGAUGUGGAUUAUCCAUGUGUUGAGGAAUGGAAACUUAUGAAAAAACAUCCCCAACAAGCAGAAGCGAAAGCAGCCAGAGACCAAGGCAUCAAAUUCAUUUAUGUGGCUGUUGGUCCUAAUGUGGACAAAAGUAAUACUACCAGCUAUAGUCAGAAAUGCAUGGAUAAUGUGAUAAACAUGGCCGGAGGAGUCAAAAACGUGGUAGAAGUUGGCAAGCUGGAGAAUCUAGAUAUGGGCAUAUUGCACGAAGUUGUGAGAACUGUAUGCAAUCCCCUCUUUUAAAUAAUAUGAAUAAAGGUUUCUGUAUGUAAAUGAUGUACUUCACAAAUUAGGUUACGUUUUUCUCUUUUGGUGCUGCUACAAUUCCGUACACGUAUGCCAAUGCACUGUGAAAUGGCGCUCUCCAACAUCAAAUUCAUCUUGAUCGACUAGUUAGCUAUUUCGCGAGAAUGGUUGUGGCGUUUUCCUGCAGCAGAAAUUCGCAACUACAUCUAUAUCUAUUGUAUAUCACUAUCAGACAGAGACAAAAUGUUAAUAUGAUGACACCAAUUUUUUUCUGAAUAGUUCAAAAUGAUUCCACCGACCUUUUUUGCUGAUCAGAUUACGGCAGAAACUUGACUACUCUUUCAACUGCUG